UUCAGAGACAAGGAUGCGAGAAGAGUACAAGACAACCCUGCGAGGCUCCCUCCAUUACCUCAUUUGUUUCUCCCUCCUCCUUCCCCUUUCAGUCUCAUACCAUCCUUCCCUUACCCCUUGCCCUUCUCUUUGCACCUGUUACCCUUCACCCCCCACAGCCAGCUGUCAGUCGCACAACCUUACCCGAGUCCCUUCUCCUCUACCUGGUUUGGCACGUCGAGUGUUCCUGCAGAAUAACCAGAUCUCGGAGCUAGGGCCUGGACUCUUCUCACCUCUCACAUCCAUUCUCUGGCUAUUCUCCAACCGCAUCUCCCUGCUGCGCCCUGGUACCUUUCAGGGUCUGGAAUACUUGGAGGAGUUGGACCUCGGUAACAACCCCAAUCUGCCACCUCUACAACCGGAUACCUUCCAUGGGCUCAGCUCUCUGCGGUCCCUGCACCUGUAUCGCUGCCAUAUCCAAAGGCUGCCAGCUGAUCUAUUCCGUGGCCUCCAUUCCCUGCGCUACCUCUACUUACAGCACAAUCGUCUAACAGGGCUACCGGAUGGUUUGUUCCGUGACCUCUCCAACCUUACCCAGCUCUUCAUCCAUGGAAAUCUCUUACAGUCACUUCCUGCCGGCUCCUUCUUUGGGCUGUCCAGCCUGGACCGUCUGCUGCUGCACAGUAACCGCCUGGUAUCCGUCUCUCCUGCAGCCUUCAGGGGUUUAAAUAGCCUCACCAUCCUUUUUCUCUUCAAUAAUAGCCUGCCUUCCCUCUCAGGAGACUGCCUGCGCUCCCUCCCUUCCCUGCAGUUCCUCCGUCUAAAUGGGAAUCCAUGGCACUGUGACUGCAGCUGCCGUUCUUUAUGGGGCUGGUUUCGCUCUUCCCCAGGAAUCUCCAGCUCUCCAGUACCUUGUGUUUCUCCCCCAGCACUCCGUGGGAGGGACCUACGCUCCCUUGAGGAGCGAGACCUGAGGUACUGCACCUCACACAACCCUCCUCCAACUGGGAAUCUGUCAGGUCUGUCCUUCCCCCCUAAACCCUCCUCAUUUUAUAGGGGACAGCCAGGUCCUAGACAGGAAGAAGUUAGUGAAUGGGAUGAUACAGUAGGGCAGGGAACAGAGGAUAGUGACAGUGCAAAUGGUGCAAGUGAUAAGAAAGGGCUUGGAGUUACAUUACUGGUGGGUUUGCUCAUUUGGGAUGUAAAGAUAGACUUCUGACCUGUUAAAAUUUAUUGAGUGAGAUACUUUGCCACAAAUUCUUUCCCUAUACCACGUGAAAACUUUCUGAGAAAUAAAUGAAUAUAUAUUUA